UGUUUCAAUAAUCUAAGGUAUAAGAUAUCAAAACUGUUUUGCCCCUCGUUUCAUAAGUAAAAGUGUACCACCAUCAAGUAAAUUUCACUUAUUUUUUGGAUUUUUGCAAUGCUCGUGUAAAGAAGCAAAACAUCAACGCGAAAGACACGUAGGAAGCUGUCAAAUCGAUGCCGAUCGAAUUUGUUGCCCGUUUUCUGUAAGACACGCCAUCGUUUGCGCUGCUAAGAGUAAAAUAUUUGAUUGUAAUAAGUGGCAACGAAAAGUAUUUUAAAAUGGGUGUAUUGGAAUCUCUUGGUGUUGAUGGAUUGCUGAGCGAUGUGCAACGAAUGGACAAGCGACAGUUUUUCUUUCAAGUGCUUAGCUUCGGAAUGAUUGUUUCGUCUGCUUUGAUGAUCUGGAAGGGUUUGAUGGUUGUGACAGGGAGCGAGUCGCCAAUCGUGGUCGUACUUAGUGGCAGUAUGGAGCCGGCCUUUCAUCGUGGUGAUUUACUGUUUUUAACUAAUCAGGAGGAACCAGUUCGCGUCGGAGAAAUAGUCGUGUUUAAAAUAGAGGGGCGUGACAUUCCAAUCGUACACAGGGUGAUUAAGUUGCACGAAAAGAACAACGGAACUGUUAAGUUUUUAACCAAAGGAGAUAACAACUCUGUGGAUGACCGAGGUCUAUACGCUCCUGGGCAACUAUGGUUGACUAAGAAGGAUAUCGUUGGACGUGCCAGAGGUUUUCUGCCUUAUGUUGGCAUGAUAACGAUUUAUAUGAAUGAAUAUCCUAAUUUGAAAUAUGGUAUACUUGGGUUACUAGCGCUUUAUGUACUGCUGCAUAGAGAGUAGGGAUUUUGCGCUGGUAUCCAAUACAUUAGCGAAGUAAGCUUUUGAUUAAGAGUAGGAAAAAAGUCUUCACGUUGGUAUAGAAAUCGGAGUUGGAUUUGAGGAGAACGCGCAAAUAAAAAUCACUUCAAAACGAAAAGAUUUUAAAUACGGUUCAGCAUCUGCUUCAAUAAAUGAAAUUCACGAUGCUCUAUUA